AUGGAGUAUGCUGAAGGAGGUGAUUUAUUCGAUAAGAUUGAACCCGAUGUCGGCGUACCAGAAGAUGUUGCACAUUUCUAUUUUCAACAAUUGGUCAAUGGAGUUGGGUUUUUACACAGUAAAGGGGUGGCCCACCGCGAUAUCAAACCUGAAAAUAUCAUGCUGGACGGUAAUGGCAAUUUAAAAAUCGGCGAUUUUGGCUUAGCAGGUUUGUUUCGUAGUCCUGAUAAUGGAACUGUCCGAAAAUGUAAUACUUGCUGCGGUAGCCCUCCUUACAUUGCUCCUGAAGUUAUCGAUGGAGAAUAUGAUGCGGACAAGGUUGAUAUCUGGUCGAUGGGAGUGGUCCUGUUCGUGUUAUUUGCAGGUAUAACUCCUUGGAAUGAACCUUUAAUAGAUGACAGUGAUUUUGGCGAAUAUGUGCGUGAAAAUGGACGUGUGACAAAAGGUAUCUGGGAAAGAAUUCCUCUAUCGCCUCUUUCUUUAUUAAGAGGAAUGAUGAAACUGGACGCACAGUCAAGGUAUACAAUUGAUGACAUCAGACGGCAUCCCUGGUAUACACAGCCAAAUAGGUUUGUUGGUAAAGAUGGAAGUUGCGGUGACCCAGUAGGACUAGCAACGGAACUUCUUAAGAAUCUUCAUAUUGAUCUUGACGUUAAUAAUCGGUCGGAGAACAAGGAGAACGUCCCCUUGUCGUCCAGUCGUAAACGCAAACGCGAUGAACAUCUUACUGAGGCUGUUGGCCGUCGUGCCCUUGCCUUCGGAUCCCAACCAGUGGACAUUCUACUUGCUAAUACACAGGCUCCGGAUAUUUAUUUCUCUCAGCAGCAGGUUUCUGCUUUAGAUGAAGAAGAUACCCGAGCCAUUUAUAAUCAAAUUGCACAAGAUCCUGUACAAUUACAGUUCUUGGUGAAGAAAGGAGUUAUUCCGCUGUCUUUGUCCCAGAGAGCGACAAAAUUCAAUGACUUGCUUCCUGUUAGUCGGUUCACAAGAUUUUACUCAGAGAUGACUAUCGAGACGUUAAUCCCUGUGAUUGUAGCUGGUCUACAGCAGUUGAACGCAAAGGUACCGGAAGUUGAUGCCAUGGCUGCUUCGUACAAGAACUCGACCCCGAGUAUCCCGUUCACAGCCGUAGACCGAAAAGCUAUGGGAUUAGGUGGUAAGAUAAAGUUAGAGUCUCAUGGGCAGGUGAUUGAUGUGAACUUUGUCAAAUAUAAAGGUGACCCUUUGGAGUGGAGAUACUUUUUUAAGCGAUUUAUAGCUUUGCGACCAGAUAUUGUGUAUAUCCAGGAAAUGUAA